AUGUUCGCCUCAUCAGUCCUCUUUGCCGCUCUUGCCUCGAUGGCAAUUGCCGCCCCCGUCGACAUGGCCGUCCGAGACGACAAGGCUCCUCCCCCCGGCUGGGCUUACGGUUACCUCGAGAACUACACCACUUACCACACUCGAUACCUCGCCCUCGACUGCCAGGACAAGCACAACACUGAAUUCUUCGAGCAAUGCUGCCACCCCUUGCUCGCUACCCAGACCUUGAAGGCUGACCGACCCUCUCAAUGCUGGCCCACCAACGCCGAGCUCGCCUCUGCCACCGCUGAGGAGAACUCCACCGCUGGUGCCUCUGCCAACGCUGCCGCCGCCUCUGACUUCUCGGCCGCCACCAGCACCGUCUCUGCUGCUCUCGCUAGCAUGACCCAGGAGGCCGCUGCCAACCCCAGCCCCUCCCCCGCUGCUCAGCCCUCUACCACCGAGCAACAGGCCGCUGCCUCUUCGCCUUCUCCUUCUCCCGCUUCCAACAACAACGGAGGUGGCGGAAACUGGAACACUGGUGGACAGGCUACCUUCUUCUACCAGAACGGAAACCCAGGAGCCUGUGGAAACUACCACGACGACUCUUACCCCCUCGUCGCCAUUGACCAGGCUUGGUGGCCCGGCUGGCAAUCCGGAAACUCCUCUCCUUACUGUGGACAAUGGGUCAACAUUGUCAACACUGACACUGGUGCUUCCGUCACUGCCCAGGUCCAGGAUGUCUGCCCCACUUGCGCCAACGGAAACUCUUUGGAUCUCUCCGUCGGUGCCUUCACCGCCAUCGGUUCCGAGUCUCAGGGUGUUCUCCCCAUCAAGUGGGAAUUCGUAUAA